AUGUCCCCAGUAUGGAAAGGUGAGAUGCUACACCCCCACCUGUGUCACAGGACUCGUCUGCAGCUGGCACGCACCCCUCUGUCACCAGGGCAGCCUUUUCUAGUACUAUGGGGAAUCCCCAACAAGGCGUGUUCUGGACGACCUGACCCAGGAGCCUUUGGGAUGGAGAGAGAGGGCCGCGUGUCCAUGUUUUAUGAGGACACUCUGGGGAAGUACCCCUAUUACACUAACCAGGACCAGCCGGUGAACGGAGGCCUUCCCCAACACACCAGACUGGAUGGACACCUCCAGAAGACAGGGGAGGACCUGGCGGCAGCGCUACCAUCCAUAGGCUACCAGGGCCUGGGGGUACUGCGUUGGGGCCAGUGGUCCCCGCAGUGGGGAAGGAACCGUGAGAAACAGGGCAUCUACCUGGAGGGCUCCAGGGCUCUGCUGAGGACCUUCUUCCCUGACUGGACCACGGAGGAGGUGGAGAAGUGGUCUCAGGUGGACUUUGAGGCAGCGUCCCAGUCCAUCCUCAUGGAGACCCUGUGGGAGGUGAGGAGGCUCCGCCCCAAGGCUCUGUGGGGCGUGACCCCGUACCCCAACUGUUACAACUCCGGCCCCGCCCAGUUGCUGUCCAAUUACACGGGUCGCUGUCCCGCCGCCGAGAUGGCAUUGAACGACGAGCUGCUGUGGCUCUGGAAAUGCUGCUCUGCUCUCUACCCCGCCCUCACACUAGAGAAGCUGCAGGGUGGGACCUCAGGGGCCAGACUGUACACGUCCAAUCAGAUCCGAGAGGCACUGAGAGUGGCAAGCUUGGCCGGGGCCGCCUACGACCUUCCUGUGUUCCCAUUGGUCAGGAGUGUCUAUACAUCGACCAAUACUUUUCUGUCUGAGGUGGACCUGGUCAACACCAUUGGUGAGAGUGCUGCCAUGGGGGCAGCAGGGGUUGUCCUCUGGGAGAAAGAUCAAGGUGUCUUCUCUACAAGGACUCAGAGAGCCUGCUCAGAGCUGGCCACGUUUGUGCGUGAGGUUCUGGGCCUGUACGCCGUCAACGUGACCACAGCCGCCCGCCUGUGCGGCGUCUCCCUGUGCCAGGGGCGUGGCCGCUGCGUGCGCCGCAAACCCGAGAGCUCCGCCUACCUGCACUUGCCGCCCUCCAACUUCGUGAUGACGCAGAGGAAGGUGGAGGGGGUACAGGCCACAGGCCAGCUGGACCCUGGCAACCUGGAGGCCUGGAAGAGGGACUUCCAGUGCCAGUGGUAUGAGUCCCUGGAGGGGGCAGCCACCGACGAGGAGCUCCCCAAGGACAGGGCACAGGGAGCCCUUCCCCCCACCCUGAAUGCCCCCUUGUCGAGUGAGCUGAACCAAGAGACCAGGCCCACCCUCGCUCUGUCAGACCACAGCGGACCAUCACUCACGGCACCUCUCCUCCCUCUACUGCUGGUAUUAGCCACAGCUCUAAGCCUGAACACAGACUUAUGCCUGAACCUCUGA